GUUGGGGCGUGAAAAAUCGGUGUUUUCGAUUAAUCGACAAUCAUCGAUCAUCCCUAACCUCGGAGGACUCCGGAGGGAUCGGCUUUUGACGUUCACGUGGGGAGAUUUGGGGAGUAUUUACUUUUUUGGGGAGACAUGACGCAGAGGGUGGCGUUCCUGGGGGUCAGGAGUGUCCUCUGGAGCUGCAAGAGGGGACAUGGGCCUAAUCACUGGAGUGUCUUAAAGAAGAAAAAAAACGCCAAAGACAAAGCCCUAGAGCACUUCAACGACUUCUACUCCACCGUUUACGGCUCCGUCUGGCCGCACAUAAGAGCAGCCAUGCUGAAGAAAACCCACAAAUACGUAGCUAUUGUAAAUAAUUUCUCCGACACCGAGGACAUAGUGCAGAAGCUGCAGCUCGAAGGUGCCAUGGACAUGAAGGAGCUCUACGAAGUAUCGAAAAAGAGUAAAGCUGACAGGGACAGAAAGAAGCAGCAGCUGGAGCCCACGAAACCGAUUUACAAAAUGGACCUUCCCAUGGAGAAUGUCCUGGAGAUGAAGACCUACUCCGAGCUGAAGACCCUCGUCCCCGAGGGCUACCAGCCCUCGUUGAAGGCCCUGGACCAGGAAGACGACGGUCUCCCCCCGCUGGAGAAGCCCUUCGAGCCCGUGACCCUCAGGCCCUUGGAGGAGGACCUGGCAGCUGCUCAACUCGACGAGAGCAGAAUAGUGAGACCCUCCGCAGGGCUGACAGCGUCCUCUCUCCACGAGUACAUGCCUGCGACGAAGCUGAAGGGCCUGGACGAUUACAUCUUGGAGUCCGAGCACUACGGCUACUACUCCAAGAGUGCAGACUUUGAAAUCAAAGUCGAGGAGGACUCGAGCUUUUCGUUCCCAGAGCAUCUCAAAAUUUUUACAUUCGAGGCUGGCAAUGACAGCCAUUUUCCCGCCCCCAAGAGGGGGUCCACUGGGGUUUAUGACUAUUAUCUGAUGGAUGGAGGCUCGGUGCUUCCAGUCCUGGCCCUGGACCUCCACGCUGGAGAUGUUGUGUUGGACAUGUGUGCAGCCCCUGGGGGAAAAUCCCUGAUUGCCUUGCAGACCCUUUUACCUUCGGUUCUAGUCGCUAAUGACCAGAAAAUGUCGAGAGUCAACUUAAUUAACAACGUUUUAGAGGAGUAUCUGGGGGACCUCGACGUCUGGAACGGGAGAUUAUUCGUCACCCAGCAGGACGCUAGGGUCAUAGAAGACAAAAAUAUAUACAACAAGAUUCUCGUCGACGUUCCAUGCACAACAGAUCGCCACAGUCUCCACAACGACGACACCAAUAUGUUCUCCCCAAACCGAAUUAAGGAGCGACUGCAACUACCGGAGUAUCAGUCCUCCAUUUUACUUCAAGCCCUGAAGAUCCUUCCGAUCGGAGGAACUGUUGUCUACUCCACAUGUUCACUCAGUCCUAUACAGAAUGACGGGGUUGUGCAGAUGGCCCUCAAGAAAAAUUGGGAGGAGACACAGUCCGUCAUGGUUGUCAAGGACAUCACGGAGGGACUAGGACCACUGAGAACGAUUUACAAAUUUGCCGACGACUUUGGAUUUAAAUAUGGGACUGUAGUGUUGCCCACGAGAAAAUCGAACUUUGGACCAACGUAUUUCAGUAAAAUCGUGAGAGUUCAGUGAUUAGUGUACAACUGAAGAUGUGGCUCUUGUAAAUAAUGUGUGAUUGAGAAAAGAGAUCAGUCAGAAUAUAUUGCAAGUUGAACUUAA